UAGCCCUGUAAACAAACUGGAAACGGCUUUCCUGUCAUAAAGUCAGAAAUACGCCAAGACAAUCUAUAUAUUUCUCCUAAGCUGUGAAUUGCUGAAGAAUAAUGGGACACUUCGUUACUUAUUUUGCGCUGAUGCUGGCCUCCUGGGGAAUCCGGCUUUGUCCACGGCUCUAUCUUCCUUCGGGUCAUUCGGUUCUGAGUCUGGAGAUCGCCAACAUUACAAGGGCCUUUGUGGAGGCCAAUAUUUACACUGUCUUUACAGUUCUCAUACUAAUGACGCCCGCGAAAAUGUUUACAACCCAUAAGGGACGCAACCUCAAGUUCCUCUUCGUAAUGCCCUAUAUGUUGCAGUAUUUCUGUUGUUUCUGGAGCACUGCACAAAAUAUCAAGGAUAUGCUGAUCAAACCGGAAAUGCUGGCCGUCAAGGAUUAUUUACCAGCUCACCUCAAAAUGAUAUCGAUUCUCGUAUUGCAGCUACUGGCAAUGAUAGAAAUUGGUUUAGUUUUAUUCUACAGCCUGAAAAAGGAGCCCCAUCAAAUGAAGUAACUGCAGGAGGAGGAGAUCCAAGAAACAGUAGCUAUAAGAUGGAAUUAAAGCUUCUGCUAGCAAGCCAACUCCUUUCAACAAUUAGCAGCGGAUUAUUUGAUUAGCUCGCUAAUUGCCUUGUUCUCAACACCGUACCAAAUAAAUUUUGUGAACACUUACUUCUUAUCAGCGGCAAUAAAGGCGAGCCAAGCGGGAUUAAAGCCAACUGGGUGGCGCAGGAUUACAAGUCCUGCGGCGAAAACUUGCGCCGAAACUUUCGACACCUCUUGGCGGCGUGGAAAUUGCGGAAAACUUUUUAACCCACGGCGAACAC